AUGUCUAUGGAGGGCGUGCUGGUGCCAAGUUCAGUGCCAGGCCCGGUGCCUCCAAGUGGGCAUCCAGCCUAUGUGUAUCCAGCUGUUCCUCCGCAGCAACACGGUGGCGAUAUGAUGCUUCAUCCAAGCCAUCCAGUGCCGCCUGGUAUAUAUCCUCCUCCUGGUCUUCCUCCCCCUCCUGGUCUCCCUCCUCCUCCGCAAGGAGGUUGCUUUCCAUUGCUUCAUAUGGUUCCCUGCCAAAUGGUUCCUAACCCGACAGCUCAAUCACAACAACCAAAUAAUUUUGCUUUUGCUUUUCCGGUCGCUUAUUGGCCACAUAGAGACUCUCCUGUGGGAAACUCCGGCUCUCAGAUCGAUCAACAGAACCCUGAUCCUGAUCGAGAGCAGGCGGACCCCAGAAGUUUCGGCCCUCUGACGCACAGUUAUCCUCAUGUGAUGCCAUAUGUACAGAUGCCAUAUAUCCCGCAUCAUGUUCCAGAAGAGCACGUUUGCUCCCCGCAUUUCGAAGAGAACAGAGUCGUAGAUCAAAGCAGCGGUAUAGUCGAGAUCUCUGACGAUAGGGCUUCCGGUAAUGAUGCUAGGCCAUCAAAUUAUUAUCAGGGCACCAGAGAGAGAGUGAAGCCUCCGUCAGUUGUUGACGGCCCGCAAGCUAAGAGAAAGGUUGGCGAACAAGACUGGCAGCGGUUACAACAAUCCCGCCAGGUGCCUCUCGGCCUUCAGCAACGCCAUAGCACCUCAAACCAGCCAACUCAGCAAAUCGCUCGGUAUCCCACGAUGCAAUCGUCGAGUGUCAUCACCAGUCCAUCGUCCAGAUUCUCGAGAAGAAGCCAUGUCCCUUAUAGACCUGCCAAGGUUCAAACUGCAACCUCAACCGAAGUAGCCUCGUGGUCACAGUCGAAGCGAUGGGUGAGCUCAGAAACCAAAGAGCGCCGGGCAUUUCAGAAGAUGGUUCUCAAUCUCCAAUUCAUGAAGGCCGACCAGUCGCCUUUUAUCCCAAAGACUCCCGCCGAGUUGACCAAAUUCAAAAUCUCCCUGGCCGAAGCCAAACGGCAGAAGCUCACCAAAGAGGUCAAGCUCCUCGAAGAAAAGAAUCGGAAUAGAGACCUGGCCAAGGCCUCGGGUUCGAUGCCAGUAUCCCAGCCACAGGUGCUCCUGUUCAACGGACGGCAAAUGGAGGACAAGCUCUCGCCGGUGUUCGCUGCUCAGAAUUGCUUCAACAAAGAGGACACCGCCAAAGCAAGCCAGCGUGUCGAAUGGCCAUCGCUGGCCGAGCUGAAGGAAGAAGGCGAUAAACGUGCUAGAUUCGGUCGAUACCUCCCCCUUCCUCGGAUGAACGUCGUCGCUCCCAAGAUCCUCGAGAGAGAGCAGGAAAGUGCCUACAAAGCAGACGGAUCCAUCUUGUAG